AUCCCAAUUCAUUUACAUUAGGUACAUAUAUCAAUGCCAUCGUCGGACACAACUUACUGUUACAACAGACACACACACACACACACAUACAAUUACUCAACAACCAGCUGCCGUGCUCUUAUUCAUACCUACCUAGGUAGUCACUGUACUACGCCGCACUUUGAACCAAGCGCUCGUAAACACCAUAUAGCAAGUCGAUAGAACAACCGAGCUCGAAUUCCCCCCUGCGGAUUAUCGGGGAAAAGAUGACUUCCUUCGUCACCACCGUAAACCAGCGCGCGCGCAACCAAUUCCGCGCCCGCGGCGGCAAGGGCAGCAACACAAGCUACCAGCUACGCCAAUACGCCGAAGCGACCCUCGGCGGCGGCAGCCUGCGCAAGGUCGUCAAGCUACCGGAAGGCGAGGACGAGAACGAGUGGCUGGCGGUGAACAUGGUCGACUUCUACAACCAAGUGAACCUUCUAUACGGCGCCAUCACCGAGUUCUGCUCCCCGCAGUCGUGCCCCGAGAUGAAAGCGACGGACGAGUUCGAGUACCUGUGGCAGGACGGCGAGACGUACAAGCGGCCCACCAAGAUGGCCGCCCCGGACUACAUCGAGCAGCUCAUGUCGUGGGUCCAGGCGUCUAUCGACAACGAGUCCGUCCUCCCCUCCCGCAUCGGUGUCCCCUUCCCCAAGUCCUUCCCCGCCCUCGUCCGCCAGAUCUUCAAGCGCAUGUACCGCGUCUACGCCCACAUCUACUGCCACCACUACCCCGUCAUCCGCGAGCUCGGCCUCGAGCCUCACCUCAACACCUCCUUCAAGCAGUACGUCCUCUUCAUCGACGAGCAUAACCUCGCCACCGGCAAGGACUUCUGGGGGCCCCUCGGCGACCUCGUCGAGAGCAUGCUGCGUAGCGAUUGAGUUGAUUCGAAGUCUCGAGGAGUUUUAGGAGAUAAUGACUAAUGGGUAGAUGCGUCGAUGAUGGUGCCUACGCGGAGGUAGAAUAGUCAUGUUGCAUCUUUUUCAGGCAUGGCGUUUAGGGGGGGCAUCAGACUACAACGUUGCUUUGCUAAGGAUACAUAGAUUAAUGGGUAAUUCGCUGUUCGCAGCACAUGCUGUGAUGUUGUCACAUGCAAUGACUAUCAUUCGGCCGUUGCACCUGUAUACUAUUUAUUGGCUGUGAGUCGUGCCGGAGUUAUGCGUGGCAGGGGUAUCCGAUCGGAGUAUCAUAUCACUUUGAUUCUGUCGU